AUGAAGAAACGAUUCCUCCAUUUGUUGUUCCUUGUAACACCCUCUGUGACUUGCUUUCAAGCGAGAUUUUGUUUCAACAGCAGAGGAGUAGAGAGUCCUCAUCAGCUAUCAUCACAGCUAUCAUCAUCAUCCGCAUCAUCAUCCGCAUCUAGCCUGCACUCUAACAAAGGAUAUGGAAACAGCUACCUCGAUAGUCUCGGGUCGGAGAGAAACCCCAAUCCUGUCUUUCCAACAACGCCAUCAACAACAACGCGGUCUGAUGGAAUAAACCAAGGAAUGUCACAGUCUCAUCCACGAGAAGAAAAGGAUCCAGUAUCAUCUGCUUCAGCACCAGCAGCAUCUUCUACAUGGGGCCCUUCCCAACACCAAACACCUGCUGAGGCUUUACUAGAUACAGCAGAUUCAGCUUCUCUUCCCACUUCGGAUGAUAUUGACAUUGAUGGCUUCCAGGUGUCUUCCAAUGGAAUGUACCAGAUUCAGACGGAGGAAGAAUACCGGAAAUUAAUCACCGCCUUUCCAAACAAAUUGAUUGUUGUCAAAUUCUUUGCAACCUUCUGUCGUUCCUGCAAGUCUCUUGCUCCCAAAAUGCUGGCAGUCAUGAAGGACGAUCAACUGGAAGGCUUGCCCAUUUUAUGGGCAGAAUUUUCAGCCCACCGGAGGAACAAGGAUUGUUUCAAAAGACUCGGUGUCAUUACAAUACCGACGGUUCAUAUUUACGACGGCGAUCGUGGUCUAGUGGAGAACUUUCCAUGUCCACCCAGCAAAGUAUCGCUGUUGAAAAAGAAAUUGGCUCGCAUCAUCAAUACUCGCGUGGAUCCGAAUACCCGACAGCUCUUGCUCCCGGAAGCUGCUAUUGAUGGCGAAGAAGCCUCCUUAGAACCUCGCGUCGAACGAACCAUCAUGAACAACGAACUCAUUUCGACCGAGCACCUGGACUUUUUGAGGAACGAUUUGCCAUUCUUUCAGGAUUUGACAGACGACGAAUUUGAUACCAUGAUGCAACAGGCGCGGCUACUGACCUUUGAUGCAGGUGAUGUCAUUAUGAGGCAAGGAAUGCCUGGAACUUGCUUCUAUGUCAUCAAGUCUGGAUCCAUUGAAAUGAGUAUCAAGUCCCGCUUUGAUGACCCGAUCUCAACACCCCCAACCUAUCUUGGUGGAGUGGUGAGCACCCUCCGAAAGUUUGACUACUUUGGUGAGCGAGCUCUCACCACAGGUGAACCAUUUGCAGCAUCCUUUCGGUCGUUGGACAAAGUUCGAUGCUUUGCGUUUCAUGUUGACAUUAUCCCACCAUCCUCCAUUCUCAGUCGCAAACGAGAAGCCACUCAGCAAACCAUUGACAUGUUGAGUCAACGAUACGUUUUGCCGGAAGAUUACAAGUCCCCCAAUUUCUAUUCGACCAAGCGGGACGAAGGAAUCUUGGAUUUGUUGGUUCGCUUCAAGCAAAUUCGCCAAGCCGCUAGAUGUUUGGACUAUGUCAUGCAAAAUGGAGUGAAUUGGGGCGACUCUGGGUCCAUUGCUCGCCGGACCAUGUUGGUCCGAAAGCUGACCUAUGCACAACAGAACGAAUACAAUGAUAUUUUCAAUAUAGUCGAUGUGGGUCGCCGUGGAAGAAUCAAAUUGCAGCAGAUUCGUGAGUUCCUAGCCAAUGCGACCAAGGAGUUCAAGAAUGGUCUUGGUGGUCAAGAAGCUGCCGAUCUAGUGGCACAACAGCAAGCUAACCAAUAUUUUCCGGAUGGCGACAUUUUGAUUGCCCGAGAAGAAUUCAUGGGAGUCAUGGCAGAAGCCGAAUUUUACAAUCUCUUCAAGGAAACCUUCCAAGAGUUGGAUCAUGAGAAUACUGGAUAUGUUCGGGCUGGCGAUUUGGAUCAAAUCCUUGGUGGGGUCCGAGAUUUGAUUGGUGACAAGCGGCAUACCAGCAUCGUGGAUGUCGAUGAUAAAGAUAUGCUUGUUGACUAUGAGCAAUUUUCCAGAAUGCUCUUGGGUGCUGCAAUCUAA